AUGAAGUUUUCUACUAUCUUCCUCACAAUUGCCUCGGUGGCUACUGCCAUGGCUGCUGCUCUCCCUGAACCCGAAGUCGAGAUCCCCGGCAAGCUUGUUUCUCGCGAUGAGUUCGAACUUGCUAUUCGACGAUGCUGCUGGCUUCCAAUCAAGGAGUCGUAUGGGAAAGAGAACUUGAACCUUGCAGCAGCCUACUCUAAAUCUUCCAAUUAG